GACAGCAGCACGGAAGCAAGUGCAGAUCCGGAAGUUGUUCUUUUCGCUCUAUGCAAAGAUGGCGGCCCACAGCAUGUGAAGAGGACAGAGUUAAAACGAGGGCUUUCUGCCGCACAAUCAUGUACAACUCGCCAUGCAGAAAGCUGACAGGUCUGGUAGGCGUUAGCAUUCUCCAGAGUCUUGAAAAUGCAGCCCAGGCAAGGCUGUGCUCCUCUAACCUUGUUCAACUAUGCAGAUCCUCCAGCAGCAAAUGGAUUACCUUUCAGCACUGUAACUUUCUCAAGCGCCAGUAUGUCACAAAAACAACCGAAGGGUGUCAGCGGGCAAAGCCAAAGCAGGAAGCACUGACCGCUCCGCUGGUGGAUCGGCAUCCGCAUUUACAAGAUGAAACGGUUAUUCGUCAGGUCCAGCAGAUUUCAGCAAUCGACCAACAUCCUUCCAGCGUACAAUCCUCUAAGGAGACCCUCACUCAGGAUACAGAGGGGGCCAGCUCGGAAGAGGAUCCCUCCACUGCGCAGGAGACCAGACAGUGGAAGGAAAUCAAGGUGAUGCUUGGGGACCUACCAGGAAUCUACGCGAGGCUGUCUAAAAUCAGGCUCACAGCCUUGGUUGUCAUGACUGCAUCAGCUGGCUAUGCUAUGGCUCCAGUGCCCUUUGAUCCCAGCUGCUUCCUCCUUGCCUCCCUGGGAACGGGCCUUGCUUCCUGUGCUGCCAACUCCAUCAACCAGUACUUUGAGGUCCCCUUUGACUCCAACAUGAACAGGACCAAAAACAGGCCGCUGGUUAGAGGCCAGAUCAGCCCUCUCCACGCAGUGAGCUUCGCUGCAGCCUGUGCCGUUCCUGGCAUCACCCUGCUCGCCCUGACAGUGAACCCCCUAACGGGAGCCCUGGGCGCCCUAAACCUCUUCCUGUACACAUGCUGCUACACCCCCCUGAAGAGGCUGAGCAUCACCAACACCUGGGUGGGGGCUGUCGUUGGGGCGAUCCCCCCCGUUAUGGGCUGGACAGCAGCCACAGGCAGCCUGGACGUGGGUGCCCUGCUCCUGGGAGGGAUCCUGUACUCCUGGCAGUUCCCUCAUUUCAACGCUCUCAGCUGGAACCUGCGGGAGGACUACUCCAGGGGAGGCUACCGCAUGAUGUCCGUCACCCACCCGGCGCUCUGCCGGAGAGUGGCACUGCGGCACAGCCUGGCCCUCAUCGGACUGUCUGCCCUGGCACCAGCCCUGGAUGUCACCAGCUGGACCUUCCCGCUCAUCUCCCUCCCCAUCAACCUGUACAUCAGCUACCUCGGGUACAGCUUCUACAGAGACGCGGACCGCAGCAGCGCCCGCAAACUCUUCUUCUGCAGCCUCUGGCACCUGCCCAUGCUGCUUCUCCUCAUGCUCACCUGUAAGAAAUCCCGAGUGGACGAGGAAGACAAAUCCAUGGCUCACAGUUAACUGGCGUGGCACAUGAAAACCACUGAGGCAUUUUUUUUUUUAAAUAAAAAUUUACCAAACAAAUGGUGACGUGUCCAUGUGUUAAUCAACCAUUGAUGUAAUUAUUGGCUGUAGAUACAUUGAUACAGAAAUUUGGAGGGUGGGGAUUUAUGUUCUCAUAACCUUUUGGCACACCCUGCUUCCAAGCCACAGCUAUUGUUUUUUUUAAUAGAUCCAGUACCUGUUGGAAUAUGAAGGGUGCUCACAUAUUAGGUAACCAGCAAUAUUUUGCUUUGUCUACAUCACCUCCCUCCCUUACAGUUCCUGCAUAUACUUCAGGGAAUGUUUAUUGCAAUACGAAGCUCAGCUUGUGCGAUUCAAUUUGACAGUUAACUUACUGUAUUGUAUAUUUCUUUGGGGUCUGUUAGUUUGUUUGUUCCUUGUUUGUUACACAGAAGACGAUGAUCAUGAUAACAAUACAUAUGAAAGUUCCAUAGAUUCUCAAAUUAUUGAUUUUUUUUUUUUUUUUGGUCUCCGCAAGCAUGUAUUUAACUGUUUGUAUAUAACUUGAGUACUUCAGGCACUGAUUAAAACGUGCCCAAAAUAAUUGGCCUUGACUAGGAAACGCAUAAACGAGUAUAAUUGGUAUAACCACCAAAUAUGACCCUAAAUAAAACACCAUACAUGA